AUGAAAAAACAAUAAGUUAACAGAAUUAAAAUUUAUUAUCCUUCUCUAUCAUGUUAAAGUAAUAAAAUUAAAUCAAGCUAAAAUAAAGCAUUUUUAAUUUUAGAAUAAAAAUCAUGGGCUUAAUAAAAAAUCGAUGUUGCAUCUGAUAAAAAGAUUGUUUAAUUUGUUUAAGCUUUUAAGGAAUAUGGAUAUAAUUGGCUUUAAUUUUGUCAAGUACAUAGGUAAUGGUGA